AAAUGUUUUCCGUUUGUUGCACGCGCACGCACCUUUGGCUACAAUGGCAAAACUACGCGCGCGCUCCCGCUGUGUAGCGACAAGAUGGCGGUCGCCGCCGGAUCAGGCGUUAAAGUUCCUCGCAAUUUCCGGCUCCUGGAAGAGCUGGAGGAAGGCCAGAAAGGUGUUGGAGAUGGAACUGUGAGCUGGGGCCUGGAGGAUGAUGAGGACAUGACCUUAACACGAUGGAGAGGGGUCAUCCUCGGCCCUCCUAGGACAAGCUAUGAAAACAGGAUGUACAAUCUGAAGGUUGAAUGUGGGCCAGGAUACCCAGAGUCCCCACCAUUUGUCAGAUUUGUGACAAAAAUAAACUUGAAUGGCGUGCACACCUCCAGCGGUGUGGUUGACAUGCAUGCGGUCACUGCACUGGCCAAGUGGCAGAACUCCUACAGCAUCCGGAUGGUGCUGCUGGAGCUGCGACGGCUCAUGACGUGCAAGGAGAACAUGAAGCUUCCUCAGCCACCUGAGGGCCAGAUCUACACCAACUAAGACCCUGCUUGUUUUGCCUCCAUCUUUUCUGUUUUCUGUCUCCCCCCCCCUUUUUUUUUUUACCCCGAUCCUUCUGUUUUGCUUUCACCCCUUUUAUUCUCGUCCUCCACCAUGUCACAUUCCACAUCCUGUCAACACCUUGGCUGAGCACACAUAGCAGAAGACUUAAGAAUAUAGUAACAGAUGCAUAUACACACAUAUAUCUGUAUAAACACACGUACUGAGCAGUCAUGAAAAUCAUUUCAGGCCUCAGCCCCCUCCCUCUCCCAUCACUGGAGCUCUGGGUGGACUCUGUGAUGAGGCCGGCGGAAUCCUUGGUCCACCCCAGAUGUGAUCAUUUGAAUACUGUACAUCUUACUAAUCUUUUUUUGUUUGUUUGUUAAAAAUGCAGAUUGUACAAUAACAUAAAUAAUCUUAUUGAGUGUA